GCUGUAUGUGAGAAAAUGGGUGAAAUGAAAUUCGGAGCCCAUGAUGGGAUUAAAUCGGAACAGAAAUAUACUAAAGUAGUGAAGCAUAUACAGGAUAAGUGGAAGCUGGUACCUGCUUUUCUUAAAGGGAAAGGUCUUGUAAAACAACACAUUGAUUCCUUUAAUUAUUUCAUUAAUGUAGAGAUAAAGAAGAUAGUGAAGGCAAAUGAGAAAGUAUUGAGUGAUGCUGAUCCUUUAUUUUAUGUGAAAUAUUUAAAUGUACAUGUUGGUUCACCCGAUGUCGAAGAAGGUUUCAAUGUAACUCGUUCCACUACUCCACACGAAUGUCGUUUAAGAGAUUUAAAUUAUUCUGCUCCCAUUACAGUAGACAUAGAAUAUAUCAGAGGACAUCAGCCAAUAAUUAGAAAUAAUUUAUUGAUUGGAAGAAUGCCCAUUAUGUUGAGAAGUUCAAAUUGUGUAUUAAAUGGAAAAUCUCAUUUCGAAUUAGCAAAAAUGAAUGAGUGUCCACAUGAUCCUGGCGGUUAUUUUGUCAUAAAUGGCCAGGAGAAAGUAAUUCUUAUACAGGAACAGAUGUUGAGAAAUAGAAUUAUUUUAGAAGAGGAUAGUAAAAGCUGUAUUGUAGCAUCUUGUAACAGUAGUACUCAUGAAAGGAAAACAAAAACCAAUAUUGUGGGCAGAGCUGGCAGAUAUUACAUGAGACACAAUAUUUUUCAGGAUGAUAUUCCAGUAACAAUAAUAUUUAAAGCAAUGGGAAUUGUAAGCGAUCAGGAAGUUAUGCAACUUAUUGGUACUGAAGAAGAAUUUAUGAAAAAAUUUGCACCCAGCUUGGAGGAGUGUCAUCUCUUAAACGUUUUUGCCCAAAAUCAAGCACUUAGAUAUCUCAGUAAUAAAAGAAAACAGAAAAGGUAUUCGGUAAUAAAGUCUAGUGUCACAGAUGAAAUGAAGGACAUAUUAGCAACUAACAUUUUAUCUCAUGUUCCCGUAGUAGAUUUUAAUUUCAAGAUGAAAGCAACGUAUAUUGCUUUAAUGAUUCGUAAAGUUAUGAAAGCACAAUCGGAUGGCAAACUUGUAGACGACAGAGAUUAUUAUGGUAAUAAACGAUUAGAAUUGGCUGGUUCUUUAUUGUCUUUGAUGUUUGAAGAUUUGUUUAAAAGAUUCAAUUGGGAGUUAAAGCAAAUUGCUGACAAAAACAUACCAAAGAUUAAAGCUGCUCAAUUUGACAUUGUGAAGCAUAUGAGACAAGAUCAAAUUACCAAUGGAUUAGCUUUCGCCAUUUCUUCUGGCAAUUGGACCAUCAAACGAUUUAGAAUGGAACGUCAUGGUGUGACUCAAGUGUUAUCUAGGCUCUCUUAUAUUUCUGCACUUGGUAUGAUGACAAGAGUUAACUCACAGUUUGAAAAGACCAGGAAAGUAUCUGGUCCGCGAUCAUUACAACCAUCACAGUGGGGAAUGCUAUGUCCAAGUGAUACUCCUGAAGGAGAAGGUUGUGGUUUAGUUAAAAAUUUGGCUCUUAUGACGCAUAUUACCACAGAAAUCGAUGAAGAACCAAUCGUGAGAUUAGCAUUCAACUUGGGAGUAGAAAACGUUAACAUUCUCGGCGGAGAAGAGAUCAAUAAUAAAAACGUUUAUAUGGUUUUCUUAAAUGGUAAUAUUCUAGGAAUAGUGAAAUACUAUCAGAGAUUGGUAAAUGUUUUUCGGAUGCUACGUAGAAAUGGUCUAAUAAAUGGCUUUGUUUCGAUAUAUACCCAACACCAGCACAGAUGCAUUCAAAUCAGUUCUGAUGGAGGACGAUUGUGUAGACCGUACAUUAUUGUGCAGAAUGGACAAUCACUUGUUCAAGACGAACAUAUAAAAUUCCUCGAACAAGGCGUUAGAAGUUUCGAAGACUUUUUACAAGAUGGUCUGAUCGAGUACUUAGACGUGAAUGAAGAAAACGACAGUUCCGUCGCGUUCAAUGAAUCGCAUAUUAAUAACAAAACAACUCACCUAGAAAUUGAACCGUUUACGUUGCUUGGAGUUUGUGCUGGAUUGGUACCAUAUCCUCAUCACAAUCAAAGUCCAAGAAAUACGUACCAAUGCGCUAUGGGUAAACAGGCAAUGGGAACUAUUGGUUAUAAUCAGCGUAAUCGUAUCGACACAUUGAUGUAUAAUUUAGUAUAUCCCCAAGCACCUAUGGUGAAAUCGAGAACGAUAGAAUUAAUUAAUUUCGAUAAAUUACCGGCUGGUCAAAAUGCGACAGUAGCUGUUAUGUCCUAUAGCGGUUAUGAUAUCGAGGACGCUCUCAUUUUGAAUAAGGCUUCUAUCGAUAGAGGAUUCGGAAGAUGUUUGAUAUAUCGAAAUGCAAAAUGUACUUUAAAAAGAUACGCUAAUCAAACUUACGAUCGAAUAAUGGGCCCAUUGAUAGAUUCAAAUACAAAGAAACCGGUUUGGAAGCACGAUAUUGUCGACACCGAUGGAAUUGCUGCACCCGGUGAAAUGGUAGAAAACAGAAAGGUGAUGGUAAAUAAAUCAUCGCCAGCUGCAAAUAUCGGCCCAGUAAACUCUGGUAAUGUACAAACGCAAACGGAAUACAAAGAUGUUCCGGUUGUCUUUAAAGGUCCAGUGCCUGCAUACGUUGAGAAAGUCAUGAUUUCCAGCAAUGCAGAAGAUGCAUUCUUGAUCAAGUUAUUAUUGCGACAAACUCGAAGGCCUGAGAUAGGUGAUAAAUUUAGUAGUCGACACGGACAAAAAGGUGUAACCGGAUUGAUUGUCGAGCAAGAAGAUAUGCCAUUUAACGAUUACGGUAUAUGUCCUGAUAUGAUUAUGAAUCCACAUGGUUUUCCUUCGCGUAUGACAGUCGGCAAAUUAAUAGAAUUACUCGCUGGAAAAGCUGGUGUUGUGAAAGGACAGUUUCACUAUGGCACAGCCUUUGGAGGUUCAAAAGUAGAGGAUGUUUGCGAAGAAUUAGUAAAAUAUGGAUACAAUUAUUUAGGUAAAGACUUCUUUUAUUCCGGUAUCACGGGAGAACCAUUGCAAGCGUAUAUUUAUUCUGGACCAGUGUAUUAUCAAAAGCUAAAGCACAUGGUACAAGAUAAAAUGCAUGCCCGUGCUCGAGGUCCGAGAGCUGUAUUGACACGUCAACCAACCGAAGGUCGUGCCAAAGAGGGAGGUUUAAGAUUAGGUGAAAUGGAACGGGAUUGUUUGAUUGGAUACGGUGCAAGUAUGAUGUUGAUUGAGAGGCUCAUGAUAUCGAGUGACGCGUUCGAUGUUGACGUAUGCAACAAAUGCGGUUUAAUGGCUUAUAGCGGCUGGUGUCACAGUUGUCGUUCCAGUUCGUGUGUUUCCACGAUUUCUAUGCCGUAUGCUUGCAAGUUACUUUUCCAAGAACUCCAAUCUAUGAAUAUUGUGCCUCGUUUGACGUUGAAAAAUUAUUGCGAGUAAUGUUGUACGUCUUAAAAGAAA